UUACAAUUUUUCCUUUUUGUUUCAUUUUACGUUCCGUAGAAAAAGAUUAAUAUUGUAUCGUGAGUCCAACGAACGCCACAUUUUGCUCCUGGAUCAUACAUUCAACAAGUUUGAGAGGGUCUUUGCUGGUAAUAUUUAACCCCUUUUCACAAUCCAUUUUCUGAAAAAGAAAAAAAAAAAAAGGGAUCGAAAUUAGAGGGAAGGAAGGGUCAGCUUCGAAUCUUUGAAUUGGAACAAAUUCUUCUUCUUGGGCUUCUGAAGAAAUACGAAUUUUGCAGCAUUUUUUCGUUCUUUUUUUUUUUUUUUUUGGGGGGGGGGGGGGGAGGGGGGUUCAUUCUUCUUGUUGUUACCGUUCGGGAUCUGGGCGUUCUUCUUCAGACAGACUUAACGGAGUAGGGUGUUCAUCUGGCGAACAAAGAAGAGAAACAUGAUUUCGAGAUCUUACACAAAUCUUUUAGAUUUGGCUUCUGGAAAUUUUCCAGCAAUGGAAGUGAAAAAGAAGCGAUUUCCGCGGGUCAUGACUGUUCCGGGUAAUGUAGCUGAGCUCGAUGAUGAUCAAGCCUACAGUGUUACAUCUGAAAACCCGUCCUCAAUUUCGUCAGAUCGGAUGAUAAUUGUAGCAAACCAGCUUCCUUUAAGAGCAAAACGAAGGGAGGAUGAUAAUUCAUGGAGUUUCAGUUGGAAUGAAGAUUCGUUGCUUUUGCAGCUUAAAGAUGGCUUACCAGAAGAUAUGGAGAUUCUCUAUGUUGGUUCGUUGAAAGUCGAUAUCCAACCAGAAGAACAAGAUGAGGUCUCCCAGAUUUUGUUGGAGAGAUUUAGGUGUAUUCCUGCAUUUUUGCCUCCUCAUAUUUUGGAGAAGUUUUAUGAUGGUUUCUGCAAGAGGCAUUUGUGGCCUCUUUUUCAUUAUAUGUUGCCAUAUUCUGCUGAUCAGAAGGGUCGAUUUGAUCGCUCCAUGUGGGAAGCUUAUGUAUCCGCAAAUAAGUUAUUUUUCCAGAAAGUAGUCGAGGUCAUCAACCCAGAUGAUGACUAUAUCUGGAUUCAUGAUUACCAUUUGAUGGUAUUGCCCACUUUCUUGAGGAGGCGUUUUAACAGAGUUAAAAUGGGAUUUUUCCUUCAUAGUCCAUUUCCUUCAUCUGAGAUCUACCGUACCCUUCCUGUCAGAGAAGAGAUUCUCAAGGCAUUACUUAACUCUGAUAUCAUUGGAUUCCACACUUUCGAUUAUGCUCGUCAUUUCCUUUCUUGUUGCAGCCGAAUGUUGGGGUUGGAAUACCAGUCAAAAAGGGGAUAUCUUGGAUUGGAAUACUACGGCAGAACGAUUGGGAUAAAAAUAAUGCCUGUUGGUAUUCAUAUGAGUCGGAUUGAAUCGGUAAUGAAACUGGCAGAUGAGGAUGCUAAGACUAGGGAACUCACACAGCAAUUUGCAGGGAAGACGGUGUUGCUUGGUGUUGAUGAUUUGGACAUUUUCAAAGGUAUCAACUUGAAAUUGUUAGCUAUGGAACAGGUACUAAAGCAACAUCCAAAGUGGAUAGGAAAGGCUGUACUUAUCCAAAUUGUAAAUCCAGCCAGAGGUAAGGGAAGAGAUUUACAAGAAAUAGAAGAUGAAAUAAAAGAAAGCUGUAGAAGGAUCAACAAGGAGUAUGGGCAUCCUGGUUAUGAGCCAAUAGUACUUCUCGACAGGCAUGUGCCAAUCACUGAAAGGGUUGCUUAUUAUAGCAUUGCUGAGUGUGUAGCUGUAACUGCUGUUAGAGAUGGUAUGAACCUAACUCCUUAUGAGUACGUUGUCUGUAGACAGGGAAUAUCCACCUCCCAAAAAUGUUUGAACUUCAGCGGACCAAAAAAGAGCAUGCUCGUCAUAUCUGAAUUUAUUGGGUGCUCUCCAUCACUGAGUGGAGCAUUUCGUGUUAAUCCAUGGAAUGUGGAAAAGACAGCAGAGGCUCUGAAUGAAGCAAUCUCAAUGGCUGAUUCAGAGAAGCAGCUGCGACAUGAGAAGCAUUAUCGUUACGUUGCCACACACGACGUCGCUUAUUGGUCUCGUAGUUUCUUGCAAGACAUGGAGAGAACUUGCUCAGAUCAUUUCAGGAGAAGAUGUUGGGGAAUAGGUUUUAGUUUUGGAUUCAGGGUUGUAGCUCUUGAUCCCAACUUCAGAAAACUCUCAGUAGAUGCCAUUGUAUCAUCUUACAGUAGGGCCGAAAGUCGGGCCAUUCUGUUGGACUAUGAUGGCACUGUGAUGCCCCAAAACUCCAUAAAUAAGUCACCUAGUGCGCAGGUUAUCUCUAUCCUUAACACGCUUUGUGCAGAUGCAAAAAACGUGGUCUUCAUUGUGAGUGGACGAGGGAGAGACAGCUUAAGCAAGUGGUUUUGUCCAUGCAAGAAGCUUGGAAUUGCAGCAGAACAUGGAUAUUUUUUAAGGCAGUCACAAAACGAAGAGUGGAAGAUCUGCGGCCAAAGUUCUGAUUUUGGAUGGAUGCACAUUGCCGAGCCUGUUAUGAAAUUAUAUACCGAGGCUACAGAUGGUUCUUCUAUUGAAAGAAAGGAAAGUGCUUUGGUUUGGCAGUAUCGAGAUGCAGAUCCUGGUUUCGGAUCAUCCCAGGCAAAGGAGAUGUUGGAUCAUUUAGAAAGUGUUUUGGCCAACGAACCGGUUGCAGUCAAAAGCGGCCAAUUUAUCGUAGAAGUGAAACCACAGGGGGUUACCAAAGGCCUUGUGGCUGAAAAGAUCUUUUCAUCAAUGGCAGAGGAUGGAAAGCUUGCUGACUUUGUGUUGUGCAUCGGUGACGACAGAUCAGAUGAGGACAUGUUUGAAAUAAUUGGUAAUGCAUUGUCCAGUAACAUUCUUUCUCCAACGACGUCAGUUUUUGCCUGCACUGUUGGACAAAAACCAAGCAAAGCCAAAUAUUAUUUAGAUGACACAGCCGAAGUAAUAAGCAUGCUUGAGUACCUGGCUGAAGCUUCUAGUCCAUUACCAUCCUCCGAUGAUGAAGAAGGUGAAAAUGCUUCUUGAAAGUUGAAACAAAAUCCCCAUGUCACUGCUUUUCGGGACAUGUAGAUCAAAGAUCAAGUGGGAAUUUUUGUACGAGAAGCUAGCUGGGUGAUGAAUUUGAAUACAUAUCUCUUUACUUUCUAUAGUGUCAUUUUCCUUUCAGCUUUUCAUGCUAGUUUUUAACUAGAAAAAGAAAGAAAAUCAUUGACCCUGGGUUUCAAAUGGACAAGCUUUUUGAAGACGGUGGACGAGUUCAACUAUUAAAAGAAGUAAAAUGAAUCAAUAUCAGCCUGAGGCUUUGAACUUAAACCGCUGGAAGGGAAGAACUCGUCGGAUUGGAAUGGCUCUGUUGACUGUACUGACAUUGGAAAGAUAUAAUGUGGAUAGUUAAAUGAGAGAAUAAGUAGCUAAUUUAGCUGCGAUGUUAUGGUAGGAUAGGUUAAUAUGAGGCUGAGCUCGCUCAACGCUCCGCUUAUUUGAGAGGUUUUCUAAUAUGAAUCAUAUAAUUUCAUUUUGUA